AUGGAUACCUGCGGGGUCGGCUAUGUCGCCCUGGGGGAGGCCGGCCCCGUGGGGAACGUGACUAUAGUGGACUCUCCUGGACAAGAGGUGCUAAAUCAGCUUGAUGUCAGGACCACUUCAGACACAGCCAGCACCGAGGCUUCCAUAGAGAUGUCUUUGCCUACCUCUUUGUCUGGACUUGAGGGUUCUCUUGAUGAGAAAAAGCUCCUUCCAGAACAGGAAAGCCUACCCAGACUGGAACAGCAAGAUCUUUCUUCAGAGAUGUCAAAGGUCUCAAAGCCUAGGGGCUCAAAGCCUGGCCGGAAGAGAGGUGGCAGGGCGCGGAAAGGCCCCAAAAGGCCUCAACAACCAAAUCCUCCACCAGUCCCUCUGGCUCCUAGUCACUUAGAUUCGUCCAAUCCGCUGUCCACCCCCAUGCCUAAGAAACGAGGUCGGAAGACCAAGGCAGAGCUGCUACUGCUGAAGUUGUCCAAAGGCCUGGAUCAGCCAGAGUCUCCGGCUCCAAAGAGGCCCCCUGAGGACUUUGAGACUCCAUCUGGGCAACGACCCCGCCGGAGGGCUGCCCAAGUGGCACUUCUGUAUCUCCAGGAACUGGCGGAAGAGCUCUCAACAGCCCUGCCUGCUCCAGUGUCCUGUCCUGAGGGCCCCAAGGUGAGCAGCCCCAUCAAACCAAAGAAGAUCCGGCCACAGUCAGUCUGUCAAGGUGGAGAGGAAGAGGAUGACACCACACGAGAUGAAGACUUUGUUCUCAAGGUUGAGGCUGAAGAUGGAGAAGAAAGUGAGGUCCCAAGUGAGAGCUCAUCUGACCCUGAGCCUGCGGUGGCCCGAAGCACCCCACGAGGAACCACGUCAGGGAAGCAGAAGCUGCACUGCCGGGGCAUGGCUCCCAAUGGCUUGUCCAAUCACAUCAUGGCUCCUGUCUGGAAGUGCCUCCAUCUCACCAAGGACCUCCGUGAACAGAAGCAUUCGUACUGGGAGUUUGCAGAAUGGAUUCCUUUAGCCUGGAAGUGGCACUUGUUAUCUGAACUUGAGGCAGCUCCCUACCUGCCCCAGGAGGAGAAGUCUCCACUGUUUUCUGUACAACGUGAAGGACUUCCUGAAGAUGGCACACUCUACCGCAUAAACAGAUUUAGCUCAAUCACGGCACACCCAGAGCGCUGGGAUGUGUCCUUCUUCACAGGGGGCCCGCUCUGGGCUCUGGACUGGUGCCCAGUGCCGGAGGGGGCCGCAGCCUCGCAGUACGUGGCCCUUUUCUCCAGCCCUGACAUGAAUGAGACCCAUUCACUGAGCCAGCUUCAUUCGGGUCCCGGGCUACUGCAGCUCUGGGGCCUUGGGACUUUGCAGCAAGAAAGCUGUCCUGGCAACAGGGCCCACUUUGUCUAUGGGAUUGCUUGUGACCACGGCUGCAUUUGGGACCUCAAGUUCUGCCCCAGUGGAGCAUGGGAACUUCCAGGCACCCCUCGGAAGGCUCCUCUCCUGCCUCGGCUGGGUCUCUUGGCUCUUGCUUGCUCAGACGGGAAGGUGCUGCUGUUCAGUCUGCCCCAUCCUGACGCCCUGCUGGCACAGCAGCCCCCAGAUGCAAUGAAGCCCGCCAUCUAUAAGGUUCAAUGUGUGGCAACCCUGCAGGUGGGGUCUGUGCAGGUAUCAGACCCCUCUGAGUGUGGUCAGUGCCUUAGCCUGGCCUGGAUGCCCACCCGGCCCCACCACCACCUGGCUGCGGGAUACUAUAAUGGCAUGGUGGUUUUCUGGAACCUUCCCACUAACUCGCCCUUGCAGCGGAUACGGCUCCCUGAUGGCUCUUUGAAGCUCUACCCCUUCCAGGGUUUCCUAGCCCAUGACCAGGCUGUGCGUACCCUUCAGUGGUGCAAAGCCAACAGUCAUUUCAUAGUGUCUGCAGGGAGCGACCGGAAAAUCAAAUUCUGGGACCUUCGACGACCUUAUGAACCAAUAAACUCUAUCAAGCGCUUCUUGAGUACAGAGCUGGCCUGGCUGCUCCCCUACAAUGGUGUCACCGUGGCUCAGGACAACUGCUAUGCCUCUUAUGGACUCUGUGGAAUUCAUUAUAUUGAUGCUGGUUACCUUGGUUUCAAGGCCUACUUCACUGCUCCUCGAAAAGGCACUGUCUGGAGUCUUUCAGGGUCCGACUGGCUUGGGACAAUAGCUGCAGGAGAUACAUCCGGGGAGCUCAUUGCAGCUAUAUUGCCUGAUAUGGCACUGAACCCAAUAACUGUCAAGCGACCUGUAGAGCGAAGAUUUCCUAUAUAUAAAGCAGAUCUGAUGCCGUAUCAGGAUAGUCCUGAAGGUCAAGACCACUCUUCUGCAUCUGGAGCCCUCAACCCACCCAAGGCUCGAACUUAUGCUGAAACCGUCAACCAUCACUAUUUGCUCUUUCAAGACACAGAUUUGGGUUCCUUCCAUGAUCUGCUCCGUAGAGAACCAGUGCUGCGUAUGCAGGAGGGAGAGGGGCAGGCUCAGCUCUGUCUGGACAGGCUGCAGCUGGAGGCUAUUCAUAAAGUACGUUUCAGCCCAAACCUGGACUCGUAUGGAUGGCUCGUAUCUGGGGGGCAGUCAGGGCUGGUUCGGAUCCAUUUUGUCCGUGGACUCACCUCCCCAUUGGGCCACCGUAUGCAGCUUGAAAGCCGAGCCCACUUCAAUGCUGUGUUCCAGUCGUCCUCUUCUGCUAAAGGGCCUGGCUUCCCUCCAACCACCCAUCGCCUCCUGCCCAAUCCCUAG